AUGGCUAAAGGGAUUGCUAAUUUUAUCAGCUUCUGCUCAAUCCCAGGAGUUAGAAAUUCUACCACGCUUGCACCUGAGAAACCAUGCUUCAUUCUUUCUCAAAGCUCAUUUCAUGAGCUAGUGGGUGGGUGUGUUGGCUACGUGAAUUACAAGUCUAUCAAUGCUUUAAAAGUUACUAGGAGGGGCUUCCAUACCAAACAGAGGAAAUAUUCAAUGCCUGUUUCAAAAUUCUCUCAGCAUAAAGCUGUUAGCUUUCAAGUAGGGAAUCAAGCGAGUUUGGAUUUCCAGCGUUUUUGCAGAGAAGGAAAAGUGGAAGCAGCCCUUGAUGCUAUGAAUGAAAUGGAGAAGAAUGGAGUUUUUGUGGGCUCACUAGACCUUAUUGAAUUGCUGCAAAUUUGUGAGGAUAUGAAGUUGUUGGAAACUGGAAAAAGGGUCUUUGAGUACACAAUGAGGUCUCCAUCAAAACCCCAUAUUGCUGUUUUUAAUAAAUUUGUAGAGAUGUUCUGUAAAUUAGGUGAUACAAGCUGUGCGAAAAGGGUGUUUGAGGAAAUGCCGAAAAGAAACUUGGAUUCUUGGAAUAAGAUGCUAGUGGGUCUGGCAGAAAAUGGGGAAGGAGCAGAAGCUCUUAGGAUAUUUUCAAUGAUGAAGAAAGAUGGAGUGAGGCCUGAUGAAUUUACUUUUGUUGGUGUUAUUAUGGCAUGUCGAUGCGUAGGGGCAGUGGAGGAUGGGCAAGAACACUUUGUAUCAAUGAGCAGGGACUAUGGAAUUACUCCAUCAAUGGAGCAUUAUGUGGCUAUUGUUGAUCUUCUAGGAAAGUCAAAGAAGAUAACUGAGGCAAAGGAGUUAAUUGCAAAUAUGCCAAUUGAACCAAGUUCCCGUGUUUGGGAGACAUUGGAGAAGUACUCUAAAGCUGGACCUUCUGGUUUGAAACUUAGUAAUAAAAAAAAAGUAAUGGACAUGCUGGUUUCAAAUCAAAAGAAAGCAAGUCCAGAGAAGAGCAAGGCAUUUAAAAAACUGAGGUCUUUAAGUAAGGAGGUGAAGGAAGCAGGCUAUGUGCCUGAGUCUAGACAUGUAUUACAUGAUCUUGACCAUGAAGCAAAAGAGAAGACAUUGUUAUAUCACAGUGAAAGGCUAGCCGUUGCUUUUGGGCUUAUCAAUACACCUCCUGGGACCACACUGAGGAUCAUGAAAAACCUCAGGAUUUGUGUUGAUUGUCACAAUUUCAUUAAAAUCCUAUCAAGUAUUGAGAAGCGAGAGAUUAUCGUUAGAGACAUUAAAAGGUUUCAUCAUUUCAAGGAUGGAAAAUGUUCCUGUAGGGAUUAUUGGUAAUUAAGAACUGGGUUUUUUUAGAAUCAAUAGACUUCCUUAGGCUUGGUUGCUGUAGAGUUUGUUGAGUUCCUUCUUAAUGCGUGAAGUUUGGUUAUAUAUGUCAUUUGAUGACAUAGUUGGCCUUCAGAAAUAAAAUCAUGUUGUUCAACAGUCCAA